UUGACACUGCGAGCUGAGCCUUAGAGUCUUCAAUGUGUCUGUAGAAUCACCUGGAGACGGUAUCAGCCGCUGUCUGCCUGUUUUACUAUACUACUUGCUCCUUUUAAAUUAAUCCACCCUUAGUGUUUAAAAGUAGUUUUAAAAAAAAAAAAGCUUUAAGAUGUUUUUUUCGGCGCUGCUGAUUCUUGCCAGCUGGGGCUUGUUCGGUUCUGUGGCGGGUUCUCCCGCUGUGGAGGAGGCGUACCUGGCCGUGGUCAGCAUCGUGUCUCCGGGAGAGCAGCGUCUGACCCGGGAGUCCCUUCGCCUCCUCUUUAAUACACUAGAGAAACGUGUGCAGUGCGGCGAAGUGUCGUGUGAAAAGUGUGACUUAACGGGUGCAGUUAACCAGCUGAUCAGCGAUCACCCCAUCGGUGGAGAAGGUGAAAAUGGAACCAUCAGUGUAUCUCAGUUCCCUGCUCUCGCUGCUGGAUGUGUCCUGUACCUUUCUUCUCCCGGCCUGGUCUGCAACGCGAUAAGGCAAAAUAGAUGGGGAGAGGAGACCGAACAUUUCUUACACAAAUUCACACACGAGGAGAGCGAGCCUCACCAGGACCAUGGGCACGAACACAUAGGUGUUGAUGGGCUACAGAUGCUGCUUCAAGAGCUUCACGACCACUAUGAGCCCUUAGUCAGCGAGAGCUGUGUAACAGCCAGUGACAUCAUGGCAGAGGACGAAGCAUCAUCACCAGACCAGAGACAGGAAGUGGGUGCAGUUUUGGGCCGCGUUCUGUAUCACGCCUUGCGAGGUCAAUGCCUCAUUAGCCGGUCGCUGCCUGAGGAGAGCUUCUUCGUGGACUACAUCAUGAACCAUCUGGGGUCGGAGAACUUCACUGUCCAGGAUUUGGAGGCUCUCAUGAGCAGUCUGAGCAUCGGGCCUGUCCAUGAAGAUGAACACAACCACGAUCAUAGUGUUUUAAGGCAGAGGAUGAUUAAUCGGCAUGAACAUGAUGUGGGGCAUGAAGGAAACGCCACCUGGAAUCAGUCCUGUUUCUCAGCUGAGGAGCUGGUCCUGAUCUACGGUCUGGCAGACAACAGCACUGCCUCCUCUGGCCUGGGUCGGUCUGGCCUGGCACGGCUCAGCCCUGCGCUCAUCCAGCAGAUCCUGAGCGGAGCCUGUACAGACAUCGCAGAACCACCAACACUAGAUGCGCUCACCAAGACCGAGAGAUAUAUCUAUGCAACCAUUGCCAAUGUGGUGAUAACGCUGGUGUCCAUGUUUGGCGUUGUGGUGCUGCUGUGUACCUCCUGCACCGGUGUGUUCCAACUGUGCAUCCAGUUCUGCAUCAGCCUGGCUGUAGGUUCGCUGACUGGAGAUGCGUUACUGCACCUGCUACCAAUUUUUCUGGGUUUACAUGUGCACUCAGAUGAAACCAGCAGCCACAAACAUUCAGAACAUGAUCACCACGAAGAAACUCCAGAAUACAUUUACAAGAUGUUGGUGGUGAUAGGCGGGAUCUACUUCUUUUAUCUGAUGGAAACAGUCUUCUCUCUGGUCACAUAUAAAAAUAACCAUCACCAUCAUCAACAUCAUCAUGGGGAAGAUUCAGAGCCUCACCACUGUGACCAUGGGAUGGUUUUAGAGAUGUAUCAACAGGAAAGGAAACAAAAAGACAAGUCACAGUCAGCAUCAAAAGCAGACCUGGUCAACUCUGAAGACAAUGAGAAAUCUGUCUCUGAGCCAAAAGAGCGCACCAGAGAACAGCGUCUGCUGCCUUACAUGAUAACUAUCGGUGACGGGAUCCACAACUUUGCAGACGGCUUAGCGAUAGGUGCAGCUUUCUCCCUGUCAUGGAAAUCUGGUCUGGCUACAUCACUAGCUGUGCUCUGCCAUGAAAUACCACAUGAACUUGGUGAUUUUGCCAUUUUGCUCCACAGCGGCGUGUCGGUCCGCAGGGCGCUGCUUCUGAAUGUCGGCAGCGCCAUGACCUCGUUCAUCGGCCUGUAUAUCGCUCUGUCUGUUGCCACCAACAUCACAACCAGCCAAUGGAUAGCUGCCAUUACUGCAGGACUCUUCCUGUAUGUGGGUCUGGCUGACAUGCUCCCCACCAUGGUCCACAUCAGCAACAAAAGACCCUGGCUGAUGUUUCUGCUGCAGAAUGCCGGCCUUCUGACCGGGUGGAGUAUUCUGCUGCUGCUGUCAUUUUAUGAAGAGAAAAUCAGCUUCUAAAGCAGUCACGUCAGCCUGUUCAGUUUGUUAAUUUUGCCUCAGGUUUAAUCUAUGACUGGGUUUUUAUGAGCAAUUUAUGAGCGUCUCUCAGAAACAACAACAAUGAGACCUCCAGGGGCAGAAUGAAAAGGCUCUUAAAUGGCCAGGUGGUCCUGGAUAUGAGGAGCUAAUCCAGUCAUACAAGUUCUUGUGAAGUGAUUAAAAUAUUCAAAAGUCCAACACCCCUCGACCACAGAGUUGGUUAUUUGAGCAUGUUUCAAAUUUUGUUCACUACCACGUCAUGAAGAAAGAUUGCACAGUGGCCUCCCUGUGAACUUUCUGCUCUGACAGUCUCAACAAAAACUGAAUACAAUAAGUGUUAUUAAAGAUAAGAUUUAUUCCUGGAAUUCAUUAGUGAGGUGCACUACAUGUAGCCAGGAGAAGACCUUAUUAAAUUGGAAUCACAAUGUACAUAUCAGUAUUUUUAAAA